CAGCGUCGAGGAUGGACGUGUGCGAGGAUAUCGAAGUGAGUCCAGGAGCGAAAGAAUUCGAUUUGCUACUAAUAUCCAUGUAUAGAGACAGUCCAGAAUUAUGGGAUACGAAGGCACAAGCGUACACGGAUAAGAACAAACGAAGUAUUGCAUUGAACAAAAUAACAAAUGAGUUGAAAAAAUACGAUACGGAAUUCACAGUGGAGAAAUUGAAGCGCAAAAUAAAUACGUUGCGAUCAAAUUUUAAUAGAGAACAUACUAAAGUGAAGAGGAGCUUGAUGUCUGGGGUGAUGGAUGAAGUGUACCGACCCAAAUUGUGGUAUUACAACGAAUUUGAAUUCAUCACCGAUGCCAGGGAUACAAAGGAUACGGAGUGUUCAAUGCAGAGGAUUUCAGUUUCUGAAAUCGAACACAAUUCACCAAUAGCUAGUUCAGCAAAUAAAAUUAUCAAGAAACGAAAAACGUACCAAAAUGAGGAAUCUUUGGCUAAUAAUUUUUUGAAAACAUCAGAUGAAGAGAUUGAUAUUAUUGCGAAAAGUUGGGCAAUUAAACUUAAAAGACUAAAUCCUUUGCAACGACGUUUUGCUGAGAAGAUUAUUAAUGAUGUUCUUUUCGAAGGAGAAAUGGAAACUUUAACGAGAGAUGGAGUCAUUUUUGUACCAGCUCCUGCAAAUCAGGCUAUGUCACAGGCAACGUGCAUGUCAUCAUCUUCAAUGCAAUAUCUUAAUAGCCAAAGCCCGGGGGAAUCGUAUGCACAAAUUCAGUCUCCUGAUAGCCACGACCCAGAGAAAAGCCGGUGUACAUCUAGUCCAUGUUCUUUGCCAGAAGAGCCAUCUGCUUCUAAUUCUACCCCGAGUGAUACAUAUGCACAAAUUCACCCUGAUAACUCUGGCUCUGACGGUUCAUGUACAUCAUCAAUUCUCACAUGUCAUGCUGCGUGUACCUCUAGGGACAGGAGUAAAAUUAAAAGACAUCACUGUUGUAGUUCAGAAAAGUGUAUUGCCAAAAAAAAUGUCGUAACAAACCGUGAAAUGUAUCUACCCUUAAAUGUCAAAAAAGAACAAGAAUAAAAAUAGAAAUAACUGUUUUAGUACAC